UAAACAAUCAAGAUGAUGCACUUAUUUGCUCAAAAGAGACGAGAUUAUAUCGCUAAAUCAAAUAUUCCCGAACAGCCGAUAAUUAAAUCUAAUGAUAUGCCAAUGGGAACUAAAUUUACUUUCGUUGAUUUUGUGCCUUCUUAUAAAGGGACUGACACUGACACUGGAAAACCAACUUAUCAUUCAUUUGGAGAUUUAAUUACAAUCGCUAAUCGUUGGCUACGAACUGUUUAUGAUUGGGAAUUAGUUAAUUGUGAGACAGGAAUUACAAGUUACCUCAGAGAUUCUGAUCUUUAUUGUGUCUCAAUUUGGGAAAGACAAACACGAGAUGCUUAUCAUCAAGGAGUUAAAGAUGUUAAUGGUCCGUACGUUGAAUCCGCUCUUUCGGUCCUCAGAUUGUGGAUGCAGAAACGAGUGAAUCCCAUGUUAAAGAUUGUCAAUUUAAGCUACAUCGAUUUUGAGCCUGUUCGUUUAAGUGAUGGUUCCUUUGAGAAUUUGGAUCAUGUUGUCGCUCGAUUGAAUAAUGAAAUCACCUCAGCCGAUGGAUCUUCGGGCAGAAUAAUUAAUAUUGAAACGGUUAAUAUUUCAUCGGAAACUCGUGAUUUAACUGAAUGUGAUCCCGAAUUGACUGUUUGCUGUAAUCUAAAUGAAAUUCAAGGGAUUCUUCAAUUUGUCCGAGUUUAUUUAGAUGACGAUGAAAUUUCAAAGAGGAUGACGAUUGGAUUUAAAGAUUUUAUUCCGGAGCAUCUUUCGGGUGGGGUUUUUCUUAAACCUGAAUAUGAAUCUUUCUCUAAUAUCAGUGAUAGAGCCAUGUUAUGGUUAUCUCAAGAUCCAGAGCUUAUUUUCAUCUCAGCUGAGACCAAAGAGGCUCCAAUGAAAUCAAGGGCCAGUUUGGAUACUCGACGGAUGAGACACUAUUUAGCGAAAUCGGGACUUGACUAUAUACGAUUUAUCCGAAUCUGGUUUGGAAAAAGUUUAGUUGAUGAGAGUCCAUCAACUAACGAUCGUCGUGUUAGUUUUGUAACGAGUAAAAUUGUCUCAACGAAGCACACCGAUAAUCGUCCCAUGUGUGUGACCAUUGAACAGACGAAAUUGACAGUUGCCCGUUGGUUUGAUUCGAUUGAAUCUAAAUUAGAAAUCAAAGGAGGAAAGUUUAUCGAAUUGUUUCCUAAAUCAAAGUUUGAUGUCAAAGAUGAGAUUGAAAAUUGUUACCAAGCUCACAAUAUGUUCAUCAACAGAACCAAAUAUUUAGCUGCUCAAAUUUAUUUUGACGUUGGACCGACCAUUGGAGUGGAAAAAGUGGAAACAAUCAAGUAUGCAUUGGUUAACAAACAAACGAAAGCUGUUAAAUCAAUGUACUGUACAAUUAGUUAAUUGCUACAAAAAGCAGUUAACAGAGAACAAUGGAAUCAAAAAGGAAUCAAGAAAAUCACUUUCGUAUAAUCAAAACCACAACUAGGAUAUUAUAAAGAUCAACAGAAAUCAAUUUGUUUUGUUAUUCAAAUUAAUAAUUUUUGAUCCUAUUUUGUUAUCAACUAAUGACCAUCGACGGACCAAUGGUCAGUGUUUGAUUUAAAGGUCACUUGUAGUGAAAUUGACAGAGAAUCAAAAGAUGAGCAAUCAGCGAAUCAAUUGAAAAGGGGCAACCAUGAUGGACGUUAAUUAUGAUCCAAACAAUAGAUGGAGGAUCAAAAAAGGUCACGAUAUUGAAUGGAAACCGUUUUUCGGACUUUUCUCAACAAAACAAUUGUAUUGCGAUUUCGUGACCAGAAACGUUAAAGGAGCGGAACUAAUAAUAAGAAAACGAUAACAACUCAUAUCUAAAUCAAGUGUCUCAAGGUUGACGGAAGUUACGGAUUUCGGCAAGAACAACAAUUAACAACAAACAGUCAACAAUCAACCUGCUCAAAAUUAACUUUUACAUGUAUAUUACGAGAACGAAUCAAAUUAUUGUAACAAUUGAUUUUGCAAAUCAAUUCUAUCCAACGGAAAUAUUUAACUCUAAUCAACAAUUUUUUAAUUGUAAAAAAAAGAAAAUAUAAUUAACACCAACAACUCAUCAACUGUGGAGACCGUUUGUUAAAUUGUUGGUUAAACAAAUUGUAAACUUUUUGUAUCUUAUCAUUUAUAAGUAAUUAUAAUUGUAUUAAUAAUUAUAA